AAAUUAAUCAGUGAAUGCAAACGGAACAUAAAAUUGCUGACGUUCGCAGUAUAAAUAAAUAUCGGAACAAUUGAACAAAAUUAUGAAAUUUCGUAUUUUAAAAUGUCAAAAAAUUCACUGGAAAAAAUACCUUUAAAAAUAUAAAAAUCACUUCAAUAUGGAUACAUGCAAGCCCCCCAAUGAAGAGAAAAAGUAUAUAUGUCCCGCCAUGGAAGAAAAAAACAAGUCGUGCAAAAAAUCUACGGGAUGGUUUGGCUCAAAAAAAGAAACUCCACCAAUUGUGGUUUGCACUGACCCCUCCAUGGCUCCUCCAUGCUACUCAGACUUGGGCAAGAAGGCCGCGGACGUUUUCAGCAAGGGCUACCACUUUGGCCUGCUGAAACUCGACUGUAAAACGAAGACGGCCGGCGGCGUCGAGCUCAGCACCGGCGGCAACAGCAACCAGGACAGCGGCAAGGUUUUCGGCGCCUUGGAAACCAAAUACAAGGUCAAGGACCCGAACGUGACCUUCACCGAGAGGUGGACCACCGACAACAACCUCUUCACGGAGGUCUGCGUGGCCGACUACUUCGUCACCGGCCUGAAGACCUCCGGAAACGUCACCUUCAGCCCGCCCACCGGCGAGACCAAGGGGACCGUCAAGACGGCCUUCUGCCAGGAGAAGGUGGCGAUAAACGCCGAUUUCAACAUCAGCAAGGACAAGCCGAUUAUCAACGCGGCCGCCGUGGUGGGUCAUCAGGGUUGGUUGGCCGGUUACCAGGCCGCCUUCGACGUCAACGAUAUCAAACUGACCAAGAACAAUUUCGCCCUUGGCUUCCAAACCUCCGACUUCGUGCUAAACACGUCUGUCAUGGACGGCCAGGUGUUCCGCGGCUCGUUCUACCAGAAGCUCAGCCCCAAGCUGGAGACCGCGGUGCAGAUCGCGUGGAAGAGCGACAACCAGGAGACGCAGUUCGGCUUGGGCACGACGUACGUCUUGGACCAGGACGCCAGCGUGCGCGCCAAGGUAGACAACAAGAGCUUGGUCGGCUUGGGAUACCAGCAAAGAUUGCGCGAUGGUGUAACAUUGACAUUAUCCUUAUUGAUUGACGGACAGAACUUCAAUAGCGGGGGCCACAAAAUUGGUUUGGCAUUGGACUUAGAGGCUUAAAUAAACAAAAAACAACAAAAUUUUCAAUCGUUCCACAAUAUAUAUUGUAUUUUAGAGAGCCAUCACGUAUUUGAGCCUGCUGCUGUAUUGUUGUAGAUAUUUCAUUGUUUUAUGGGAUUAUAGUAUGAUUAAAAUAAAUGUACUACUAAAUAUCCAUUUUUUUAAACAAAAACAUUUCUAAAACUCCGUAACUAUAUAUAUAUAAAAAAACUGUAGCUCGACCAUCCAAAUGAUUUGUUUUUUCUUUGUUUUUUUGUAUCUCUUGAACAACACGUCUAUAAUUUUCUGGACACCUAUUUUAUCUUCUGUUAAAUUUCUCUACACCGACGUAUUAUUUCUGCCUACAUCUUAUUUUAAACAACUGUACAAGAGAACAAUAAAUAUAUUAUUUACACC